AUGGAAGCAGAUGGCCCCGUGAAGCCAGGCCAUCCCUCAAAACCUUUUGCUUACGUGAAACCUAUCAGAUAUGAGACCCCAGCAUUCACAGCUCAUCAUGGAGAGAGAACCCAAAGCCACCGUGGGAGAAGAAGUCAAGAGAGAAUGAGAACCCUCUUUAGGGCCACAGACCUUCACAGAGACCAUGGCCUCCAGGUAAGGCCAAGACGCAUGCUGAGACCAGGUCGGCGUGUGGAUCAGGACCACGGUGAAGAGCCAAGCCAUCAUGUGGAGCCAGAAGCCAGGCGGGCCCCAUCCUUCCCUCUUACUGAAGCAGCGACAUUGCAUGGAGAUGGGCUGCAAGGCCUUGGCCUUGGCACAAUCCAGCGGGGGGGAGGACUGCAGGCACUGCCUGAUGCCUCUGGGUAUUGGGUUCUCACAAAUUCCCCAACUUCGUCCAUUUAUCCCUGCUUAGGUUUCAGACCCUUGGAGGGCUCAACUUUGCUCUUCACACAGACCCCCUCUGGUACCUUUGUGUAUGGGGUCCCAGAAUUUUUCACCCACAUUGCACACUGA